AUGACUGCCGAGCUUGGCCAAGCUGAAAAGUCGCCCGUUGCGGUGCUAACGCAGGGAGGUAGCAACAGCCUCAAGGGUGCAGAUGGAGAUGGAGAUGCUGCUGCUGUUGUUGCUGUCGCCGAUGAGAGAAUCAAGAAGCGCCAGUCGCUGUCUGCUAUCUUUACCAUUAUCGCAGCCGGUGCUGCUCUAAUCUCAGAUGGAUAUCAAAACAACUUAAUGACAAUGAGUAAUGUUCUUUUUAAGAAAGAAUAUCCUGCUCAGUAUACAUCUGUCGUUAGUACUCGCGUAUCCAACAGUUUGCUCGUAGGGGCCAUUUUGGGCCAACUCUGUAUCGGCCUCACAUGCGACUAUCUUGGGCGAAAGACGGCAAUCGUACUCACCACGCUAUUGAUUGUUCUCGGAGGCAUCUUGGCCACUGCUGCUCACGGAGUCACUCCUUUGGGGAUGUUCUGGAUGCUGACAGUUGCACGAGGCAUUGUGGGAUUUGGUGUUGGCGGCGAGUAUCCGGCUGCAAGCACAUCAUCCUCCGAAGCUGCAAACGAAAGAGUCCUGGAAAAGCGCGGCACAGUCUUUAUACUUGUAACGAACCUACCUCUCAGCCUCGGCGGUCCCCUGGCUGUGUCCAUCUUCCUGAUUGUGCUUUCGGCCGCUGGCGAGGAUCAUCUGUCGACAGUAUGGCGAGUAUGCUUCGGCAUUGGCAUCCUGCUUCCGUUGUCCGUCUUCUACUUCCGAGUCAAGAUGGUCACGUCCAAGCUGUACCGCAAGAGUGCCAUCCGGCGCCGUGUGCCCUACGGCCUUGCCCUCCGCUACUACUGGAAGACGCUGAUUGGCACUUGCGGUGCCUGGUUCCUCUACGACUUUGUCACUUUUCCCAACGGAGUCUUCUCCGGCACCAUCAUCUCGUCCGUGGUGGACACGCAUGGAGACACGCUACGAAGCACGGCUGAGUGGCAGCUCUUGCUGGGGGCCAUUGCUCUGCCCGGCGUCUUUCUCGGUGCGGUGCUUUGCGAUAAAGUAGGGAGAAAAAACAUCAUGAUGCUUGGCUUCUCCGGCUACCUCAUCUUUGGCCUCAUCAUCGGCUGUGCCUACGACAAGAUUACCAAGAUCAUUCCCCUCUUUGUGGUCUUUUACGGCCUAAUGCAGAGCUCUGGAAACUUCGGGCCCGGAGAUAUGCUGGGCCUUUUGAGUUCGGAAAGUUAUGCUACGAGUGUAAGAGGAACAUUUUACGGCCUCAGCGCAGCUCUGGGCAAGACCGGUGCCGCCGUGGGAACGCAGGCCUUUACUCCUAUCCAGAACAACUUGGGCAAGCGGUGGACCUUCAUCAUCGCCGCCAUCUGUGGCGUUGUCGGCGUCUUGGUCACCUACUUCUUUGUGCCCAAUGUCACUGGCGAAGACUUGGCCGUGCAAGACGAAAAGUUCAAGGCCUAUCUGAUCGAGCAUGGGUGGGAGGGCGAGAUGGGCGUGAAUGACGAUAAAGAUGUAGCCGCUGUGGAGGAAGACGAGGAAGUGGCCGCCUCCUCACUCAACGUCGGCGAAAAAGGCGUCAGGGUAUAG